CCUGGCACGCUGCAAAAGAAGCAGAGCAGAGAGAGGAAGGAGGAAAGGUGGAGAGAGAAUGAGCAGCAACGCAGGAAAGCUCGUGUGUGUAACUGGAGCUUCUGGCUAUAUUGCUUCAUGGUUAGUCAAGUUCCUUCUUCAUCGUGGUUACACUGUCAAGGCCACUGUUCGCAACCCUAAUGAUCCAAAAAAGGUUGACCACUUGCUCAAACUUGAUGGUGCAAAGGAGAGAUUGCACUUGAUUAAAGCAAAUCUCUUGGAUGAAGGUUCCUUUGACCCUGUAAUUGAGGGGUGUGAGGGUGUCUUUCAUACUGCAUCUCCCUUUUAUUAUGAUGUCAAAGACCCACAGGCUGAACUCCUUGAUCCGGCAGUGAAGGGAACUCUCAAUGUUCUGAAGUCAUGUGCUAAAUUUCCAUCUGUGAAAAGAGUUGUUUUAACUUCUUCCAUUGCUGCAGUUGCAUUUAACGGAAAGCCUAGAACUCCUGAAGUGGUUGUUGAUGAGACAUGGUUUUCAGAUCCAGAUUUUUGUAAGGCAUCUAAGCUGUGGUAUGUAGUUUCAAAGACCUUGGCUGAAGAUGCUGCCUGGAAAUUUGUAAAGGAGAACAACAUUGACAUGGUUGCCAUCAAUCCAGCAAUGGUAAUAGGACCUCUCUUGCAACCAACGCUUAAUACAAGUGCUGCUGCAAUUUUGAAUAUAAUAAACGGUGCUGAGACAUUUCCAAAUAGUUCUUUUGGAUGGAUCAAUGUGAAAGAUGUUGCAAAUGCCCAUAUUCAAGCAUUUGAAAUUCCUUCUGCUAGUGGAAGGUAUUGUUUGGUUGAGAGAGUGGCACACUACUCAGAGCUUGUGAAGAUUUUACGUGAGCUGUAUCCAACAUUGCAACUUCCUCAAAAGUGUGAGGAUGAUAAGCCAUUUGUGCCGAUAUAUCAGGUUUCCAAAGAAAAGGCAAAAACACUGGGAAUUGAAUUUAUUCCACUGGAAGUGAGCCUCAAGGAGACUGUGGAAAGCUUGAAAGAGAAGGAAUUUGUCAACUUUUAACUUUGUAAUCCCUCUUUGAAGAGGAAUUGUUGGUUAGCUCGAGCAUGCUUUAAGUUGGUAUAUCUUUGGAAUGAAUAACUCUAUCUCCUUUUGUUAUAAACUAAAUGGUUCUUCAGAAGGCAUUGAGAGGGAAUGCAAUGCUCCUAUUAGAUAGGUCCUGUUGUGAAAGAACUUUUAAUCUGUUUAUGUGAUGGUUAUGUAGCUGAUCUCAUUUGGAGAGACAAGGCUGGUGGUUAUCGUUGCUGUAUGUAAUGGUUGUAAGCUUAUAAUAUAUUGAAUGUUAAUGUGAACUCAAAGCAAAUUGAGGCAGGAAAUAAUUAUCUUAGAAGUGCAUAACUAUAAAAUACCCCAUUGACUUUCUAUCA